AUGAGUCGCGAUCACGUGCUGGGUUGCGCCAUACACCGCCUCUUGGACGUGACGCAACGACUCCCCUGGAACGACGAAGACGGGGAGAAUGACUGGACUGCCCAGUGGUCGGAGGUCUGUGCUCCCGCAUCCGAAGGUUGUCCCUGCAACGAGAUGUGGGAGCAGCAGUGCACCGAGUUUGGCCAGAAGUUCUGCAUUCCCAAGAGCGACCAAUGCCCCCUGGACUGCGGGGAGAUGGGCCACUGCUGGCACUUCGACGGUCACUCGCCCCGGACGUGCGAAGCUUCGGGCUUCGGGGCGGAGGAAAAGGAAAGGUCGACUUUUGGGUACACGGGCGAGGACCGGAAACGUGUGGAGACCUGCAUGACGGAGUCCGGCUGCGUGUGCAAGGAUGACGAGCUGUCCUGUACCAAUCCGGACCGGGGAACGAGUGUUCGGUUGGCCAAGAUUCCCGACACGCAGAAGACCGAGUGCAUGCCAAAGGCAUACUACACCGACUGCCCGGUGCAGUGCGCAGAGAACGAGAUCAUUUGCGGCACCGUGGGCUUCGAUGAGAACGGCUGGACGACCUGGACAGACUACUGCCACGCUGGCCAAGAGUGCCCGGUGUCCUGCGAUUCCACCACGGCCAAGCAGUGCCCGGGGGAGGACUGGUGCAUGGCUACGUCGGACACUUGCCCGGUGGUCUGCACGGAGUCGCAGACCUACUGCUGGGUGGACAACUUCGGGACGGACUACAGCUGGACCGGCAGCACGGAGACGUGUGUGGACGCUGGCCAGCCCUGCCCCUGCGGCACUGGAAUGAGCAGGUGCUCGGAUCCCUUCACCCAGGAAAGCUGGUGCGAACACGAGAUCAGUUUGGGUGCCCGGUCAUUUGCGACCCUGUGA